CGCUCGCGCCUCCCCGCCUUCUUCACACCGGAGAGGUAGUGCAAUCCUCGGCAGUGUUCUGAGACUGCACUUUACUACUCCAUUACUACUGCACUCAUCGGAAAUUAACCUGAACCCAGAGCAUGGACAUUUCGGAGAAUAACUAACGCUGGAGCUGGAUAGUGACGAGUUUUUACGCGUGAAACUAUUUCCCCAAGAGUUUUAUGAACUGCAUGGUGUAGUGUGUGGGACGGGAAUUAACCAUGGCUUCUGAAAAAGAGAAGAAGAGACAUCCUUCGGAACGGCGGAAAGAGAAAUCGCGAGACGCAGCGCGAUGCAGGCGGAGUAAGGAGACGGAGGUGUUCUACGAGCUGGCACAUCAGCUGCCUCUGCCUUAUAGCAUCCGCUCACACCUGGACAAAGCAUCCAUCAUGAGACUGGCCAUCAGCUUCCUCCGUACACGCAAACUUCUCACAUCAGCAGGAUGCAUGAGUAGACAGCUUAAGGAAGACACGCAGAUGGACACUCUGUAUCUGAAGGCUCUGCAAGGCUUUGUUGCUGUGGUGACUUCAGAAGGCGACAUGAUCUUCCUCUCAGAGAACAUCAGUAAAUUCAUGGGUCUCACGCAGGUGGAAAUAACAGGACACAGCAUUUUCGAAUUCACACACCCUUGUGAUCAUGAGGAGAUCCGGGAGAACCUCAGUGCCAAAGCAGGGCCAGUCUAUGGAAGGAGACAUAAGGAGCUGAGCACAGAGAGAGAUUUCUUCAUGCGGAUGAAGUGCACUGUCACCAACAGGGGACGCACAGUCAACCUUAAAUCAGCCAGCUGGAAGGUGCUGCACUGCACAGGGCAUUUAAAGGUGUACCCCAGCCGGCCCCCUCAUGUUUUGUGUGGGUUUGCUGAGCCCCCCAUGACGUGCCUGGUAGUGUUGUGUGAGCCCAUCCCUCAUCCAUCCAGUAUGGACACACCAAUUGGUGGCAAAACCUUCAUGAGUCGACACAGUAUGGACUUGAUGUUCACCUACUGUGAUGAGAGUGUGAGAAAUCUGAUGGGCUACACACCAGAGGACUUAGUGGGGCGCUCUGUUUAUGACUUCUACCAUGCACUGGACGUGGACAAUAUGACUAAGAACCACCAGAAUUUGUGUGCCAAGGGCCAGGUGGUGAGUGGUCACUAUCGGAUGUUGGCUAAGCAUGGUGGUUACGUAUGGGUGGAGACGCACGGCACGGUCAUCUACAACAGUCGCAACUCUCAGCCACAGUGCAUCGUGUGCAUCAACUAUGUCUUAAGUGACGUUGAAGAGAAGUCCAUUGUGCUCUCCAUGGACCAGAUGGAGUCGUUUUUCAAACCCCGAAACAUGCUGGUCACUAGUGAACUCUUCCGUCAGAGCACAGAGACAUCUAACAUGCUCUUUACCAAACUCAAGGAGGAACCUGAAGAGAUACCCCAGCUCGUGCCAACACCAGGAGAUGCUAUCAUUGCCCUGGACCUUGGAAGUCCAGAGUUUGAAACUCCUACUACCUUCUACAAAUCUCCCAGUCAGGCGUCAGUCAAUAAGUUGUGGGAAAUGGAGUCUCCACAACAAAGUUCUGAUAGUGGCCUGUCCAGUGCUUCAUCCAGCUCAAUGACAAGCCUGAGCAACAGCAGCAGCUCCACUCCUGAUAGUGCAGGACAAGGUUACUAUGGCAGUGAGGAGACUGAGCUGAAGGUCGAGCUGACAGAACGGCUUUUUGCGCAGGACACUGACAAUGAACAGUGGGACUUCAGUGACCUGGACCUGGAGACUUUGGCUCCCUACAUCCCCAUGGACGGUGAGGACUUUCAGCUCAACCCCAUUGAUCAGGAUGAGUCCUUAUCUAAGUCCAGCUCAACCCUUUGUGCCCAGCCUCAGUAUAAGUUCAGCAAUGUGACAAGCCUCUUCCAGCCUUUGGACCCCCUCACUUCUGAAAACAAGAAAUGCCCCAGCCCCUACCCUGAGAUACCACUCGUUCCUCCUUACCAGGCUCCCCCAAGUAUCCCGCACCCGUCCGGAGCAGGCAUGUGCCUUGAUCAGAUUACUCAGGCUAACAAUUUCAAACGAAAGAGACAGGAUGAAUUUGGUUCUUCCUGCUCAUUUCCAGAUAUUCCUAAAUGUCUUAAGCAGGAUGGAAUAAGUCGCAGUGAGUCAGUAGACAACAUGUGGAAGCAAAUUAAGACAGCAGAUGGGUGUGCCUUUUCUACCAGGAAACCCUCUGAUCCCAGAGCUGGGCGAGUAGGCAAACAUUUGCAACCUAUUCAUUGUUGGCCUCCUCCAGAUUCCCGGAUCUCUGGAGAGCUCAAACAGCCUUUUACUGAUUGCUUCUGCUCUUCAGCGUACAGUCAGUAUGGCAUGCCACCUUCCAUAAAACUCACAGGGGUUGCAAGUCGAUUGCUAGCCCCUUCUUUUGGCCCGUACUGCUUGGCGGAGCUGACGCAGUAUGACUGUGACGUGAAUGUGCCUCUGCAGGGAAAUCUUCACAUGCUACAGGGCAACGAUCUGCUCAGAGCUUUAGACCAGUCCACAUAGAUUGUGAAAUAUUUAAGUUACACACAGUCUGGGUCUCUCCAUUUAUUCUGUGCCUACUACAUACAUGCCUUUCUCAUAACGGUUGCCUUUCCAUUCACAUAUAUUUUCAAUUUCAGAAUGCAGAAUACACUAUCCAUAACUCAGAGACAACUGUUUCAGCUUCAGACAUAUACAUAUGAGCUCAAUGAAAUGUGCAUUUUAUUUUUUUUAUAUAAGAGUCAUUACUACCUUAUAAACUGUUAUUAUAAUGUAUAACUUUACCUGAUUUUGUUUUGCUGUUGAAUAUUAUUAGCACAAUCAGACAUAUUAUACUGCGAGUAAUUUGUUUAAGAUGGUAUAGAUUAAUUGGUAUUACUGGUGCAUUCUUCUCUUUUACACACACACACACACACACACACACACACACAUACAUACAUAUAUAUAUAUAUAUAUAUAUAUAUAUAUAUAUAUAUAUAUAUAUAUAUAUAUAUAUAUGAAAGGUAUAUUAUUUAGUCUCAAGUCAUUUUUGAUGUCGCAAAGCAAAAUCAAGCUAUUUAGGAGUAAGUAAAGCAUUUUCAUUUAGGGUUUGGGGUAAAAAAAAAAAAAUUAAUAAAAUUCCAUUUGCAAAAAUUCAUGGAAAUUCAAAUCGUGAAUGUUUUAUACAAUUUGGAUCCUUUGUAAAUUACCCUUUUCUUGCUUCUUUUAUUUUGUUUCAGCCGAUAUUUCAAAUUCCUCAAUGUACCCAAACAACUGUGGUGCUAUAUGUUGCAUAUCUCUCCUCUACAUCUUAUGAAGCACUUUAUUUAAAGAACAUUAAAAUGGACCCUUUUGUUUUCAUAGACCAAAUACAAGAGAACAUAAUAUUUCUUUUGCAAGUCAUGCUUUCAUUACUGAACAUCCCUUCAACCACAUCCCACUUUAACCAGUACCAACCAAGUCUUCGUAGUUUUCUGUCUUAUCCUUCCCACUAGCAUCACCAGCAGCAAUGGUUAAAAGGUGUUAUAUAUUCUCAUAUAGCUAUGUGCAGUGUCUGUAGCUGGUGCUGAUCAGUGCCUAGGUAGAAACUGUAGAUGUUCUUUUCUGCAUUCUUAACGCAGUUUAAAGUUAAAUGCAUGAUUUGGUUUUGGGGUUGUUUUUUUUUGCAGCUCAAGCUAAUGUAUAUAACCUCCACUUGAUACUAUGGAGCUCUUAUAUGUUUCAUUAGUGAACAUCUAAAAGGAUUUCUGUCUAAGACUGUCAGUGUUUUGUUUAAGGAAAGGUCAUUAUAAACAUGCGCAAAACAGUGGCAUAUAACAAUAAUAAUGAUUACUUUUAACUGUUCCCAUCUAAUUAUGUAGCAAUUAUUCAAGAUUUUUCAAAAUAUAACUGAACAUGUAUUUAACACAUGGCCUUGUAAGCUAUAUUAACUCACGCACAUUUUAAUGAUGAACCAUAGUACCUGGUCAGUAUUUAUUUUUCUAAUGAUCCUCAUUUUUCUGACAAAGCCUUGCUUAAAUGUUUCUGAUGUUCAUGAUUAUUUUGUAAUGCCCUAUUUCACAAAGUAGUACAAAACUAUGCUAUAUAAACAUAUACACACACAUAUAUGUGUAUAUACACAUACACACAUGUAUAUGUAUGUAUACAUGUGUGUGUGUGUGUGUGUGUGUAUUAUGAAGUAGUAUAUGCCAGUAACUGUUACAGUUACCGGCAUGUACUACUACAUAAAAUAUGUGGCAUAAAUGAAUAAUAAUUAAUUAAUUUGUAAUUUAUUAAGUUUGUCCAUAAACUGAAUAUUUGCUGUUAAUAAAAUUGAUAUCUUGAAUAACAAACUAUCUGUAAAUUUAGGACAAACAGGGUAAAUCAAAUGCAAAGUGAAAAUGAUUAACUUACAAUGCAAUGUUACAUAAUUGUUCCCUGAAGGGAGAUCCACUGGUGGGGUUUUCAGGAAGCCUAAGAUACUGAAAAAAUUCAUGUAACUUUAUGUGAUAUUAUGAAUUGCCUAUAUAUCAAGAUGUUACUUUCUUGUUUCUUUUACUCCAUGUAAAGAAGCACUUUGUUGGGCUCUUUUUUGGUAAUAAAAGGAGUAGUCAAUAAAGCCUAUGUUUCUA